AUGCCUGGAAGAUCAGCCGUGCUCUCCGCGGCCCGCUGCCAGUCGUACUUCGGCUCCUGCGACGCCGCGGCCUGCCGACCGCAGGCUCUCGAGCGGGCGGGCGGCCCGAGGCACCCGGCCCCGCCCGACCUAUUUCUUCACCUAGGAGAACAGGUGGACCAACCUGCCGGCGGAGUGAAGCAGGAAACGCGACCUGGCGGCUCCGACGCGCUGAUUUGGCAAGCCCUGUGCAAGGUGCGGCAUGUUUUCCUGGGGGUGUCGAGGAUCCCGCACGGUUCCAUGACGGUGCCGCAGGAGACGGGCUUCACCAUCUUCGGGCUGUUCCUGCUGGUGGAGCUGCUGGACUUCGUCGACGAGGGCCGGGCCCCGCGACCAGAGGGGCAGCAGGGCGGCCGGGCCGCCGCCAGGGUCCGGCGCCGCACCCGCACGCGCGUGGUCGCCCUGGCGGUCCUCACGCUGCUGGUCUUCGCGGCGAGGUACCGCCACACCGGGGGCACUUCGAUCAACAUGUCGCCCCAGGAUAAUCCGAUCAGUUUCGAGGCGAGCCAGUUCGUGCGGACACUCUCCUACGCGUACCUACACGGUGUAUACGCGAAGCUGUUGGUGUGGCCUCAGUUUCUUUGCUACGACUACUCCAUGGAUGCGAUCCCGUCGGUGCGUACGCUGGAAGAUCCUCGCCUGCUCCUGCCACUCGCCGCGUAUGUUGGCUUCAUCUCUGUUCUUGCAGCCACACUGCACCUGCCUGCGCGGUACAGGCGGGCUGGCCUGAUGUCCUUGGCGCUCUUGGUAGCGACCUUCUUUCCGGCCAGCAACAUUUUAUCCUGA